GUUGACGACGGUGUUCUACACUCCUAAAAUUUUCUUGUAAUUUUCAAGUUAUUGCAGUGUCCAACAUUUAAAAAGGUUAAUAUGACUGUAAAUAACACCAUUGCCCAUCAGCGUUUGGUUUUAACUGGAGACAGAGAACGUUUUAAAGAAUUAUUAAGAAGACGUUUAAUAGAAUGUGGUUGGAGAGAUCAAGUAAGAAUGCUCUGCAGGGAUGUUGUCAAAGAAAAUGAAAGUAAUAAUAUUACUUUUGAUAUGCUAGCUACAAAGGUUACUCCUCGAGCCCGAGCAUUAGUCCCCGAUACUGUGAAGAAAGAACUACUUCAAAAAAUUAAAACUCACCUACUUACUCAAAAAGACCAAUAGGUGGAAUUUAUGCAUAUCUGUAUCAUGAAAUAAUUUUAAGUUGCUCAUCUCAGUAAUAAAACAUAUUAAGAUCAUAUUUUUUGCUGAAUUAUCUGUAAUAAGUAAGGUUCUAUUAUAAUUUAUUAUUUAAUAAAUUUCGUUUGUGUGGCGA